AUGCUUCCGCUGGAUUUGAAUGCCAGCGAGUGUUCAAAAUCACUACUCUCCGAUGACCACCUAUUCAUGACAUGUCCUGUCAUGGCUGCAUUUGCAUUGUCGACCAAAACUUGGGAGAUUGUGAACGUUGACUAUGCAGAGCAAUUGGAGAAGGCGACUACCAUACCGGAUGCAAAUAUAAAACCCGAAAGCCUUCAGAUCAUUAAAGCCCUGUCAGAUCGCCAAAUCAAAACGCAAAAUCUCUGGUCCGCAGACUUCAUCAAGGAUAAAGGUGAAGGCGUUGUCGUGCUACUUCACGGGCCCCCUGGAGUCGGGAAGACGUAUACCGUUGAAUCAAUUGCAAUGAAUACCGGUCGUCCCUUGAUCAAUCUGACAAUAGCAGACCUAGGUACGAAGGAAGAUUCAAUUGAAACUCAACUUACCAGUUGGUUUGCACUUGCUCAAAGGUGGCGAGCAAUUCUACUCCUCGAUGAGGCCGACAUCUUUCUCGAACGUCGAGAACACAAGGAUAUUGCCCGGAAUGGAAUAGUUUCUGCUUUCCUCCGAAAGAUGGAGUUCUUCAAAGGCUUGCUCUUCCUGACCACCAACCGGGUAGGCCACAUCGAUGAAGCAUUUAUCUCCCGGGUUCACGUUAUUAUUGGCUUCGAAAAGCUUGACCCAGAAAAGCGAAAAAAGAUCUGGAAGAACUUUCUCGACAAGCUGCACGGGGAACAGAGAGGCAAAAUUCGUGUCACCCCGAACUGCGCUCAAUUUCUUAUGGGGAAUGAGAUGAGCACGAUGGACUGGAAUGGGCGUGAGAUCCGGAACGCCCUCCAGACUGCCAUCGCGUUGGCUGAAUACGAUAUGCGUGGGAGCGAAUACUACCACGAGGGGGAUGAGAUCACCGUUGAGAGCGACCAUUUCAAAAAGGUGAUGGAAAUGAACCGGUCGUUUCGCGAUUAUAUGAACAGCAUCAAGAAUAAUACUGAAGAGAAACGCGCCCAAAUGUUUUAUGGGCGCAAUGAUUCUUUUACCCAGGAUGGUGCUGCAACUGCGACUGCCCCUUCUGGUACACGACACUUGCCCUGA